AUGGUCAUCGACAGUACGCGCGCCUAUCGUCCAUUGUGGCGCUUCUUUCGAGUGCUGGCACCGAUAUUCUUUGGCUCCAGGUCACGUGCGGUCUAUGUCUAUAUGGCGUUGCUGCAUUUGCUGAUUACAGCUCUAUUUCCAAUACAUGUGGGGCUGGGGCUGCUGCUGCCGACGACUACACGGGCCGAUCUAUUCAAGUGUCUAACAAUCACUAUCAUGAGCAUCUCGUGCAGCUUGAAACAUUAUGCGCAAAUAUGGCGACUGUCAGACAUGUUGGAGAUUGAGAGAAUUCUCAAUCAACUGGAUAAAUGUGUGCAGAGCACGGCGGAGCAUCAGUAUUAUAGGAACACGCUGCAGAAACAAAUGAAUCGACUAACCGGCUGCAUUUAUUCAAGCUAUACGUUCGUCUACGGAAUGAGUGUACUUGUCGCGAUUUUAAUCCUACUGACAGAUCCUCGUAAAUUACUUUACGAGGCCUAUGUGCCGUUCGACUGGCGAACUGGUGGCCUGCCCUACUACAGCAUCUUUGCCUAUCAGUAUAUUUGCAUAGUGGUCAAGGCCUUUGUGGGCCUGACAAAUGACGUUUACACUCCGCUCACACUGUGUAAUAUCGCCGGUCACAUGCAUCUCUUCAGCAUACGUAUGUCGCGUCUCGGCUAUAGGAAGAUACCCGAAAGUCAAACGUAUCAGCAACUACGUCUCUAUUUCGAGGACUACAGGCUACUGAUGAGAAUGCUCAAGCUAACACGAAAAAUUAUCAGCCCCGUACAGUUCGUACAGAUACUCUUCUGCGGCAUAAGUAUGUGCAUCAUUGCCUCCCAUAUGGCAUUCUAUGAAAUGAACACCACCGUCUUGGCCUUCAAUGUCGUCUUAUUGGCUGUUGUCUGUCUGCAGAUAUUUCCCAGCUGCUACUUUGCCAGCGUUGUGACGGAGCGAAUGGAGCAGCUGCCAUACGCCGUAUUUUCGGGCAAUUGGUAUCAGCAGUCGAGGCGGUAUCGCCAAAACGUGGUCACCUUCACCCAACUAACAUUGCGACUGGCUGAACACCCAUUUAUGGCUGGGGGAUUGAUUGUAAUUAAUUUGGAUACCUUCUUUGCUACAGUGAAAAUGGCCUAUUCGCUGUUUGCCGUCAUCAGUCAAGUAAAAAUGAAUUAAAGUCGUUAAUUCUGUUUACGGGAAGCAGUUUCGCCUCUGCGCCUGUUAUUGAUCUCUACGGCUGCAGCUGGCCGGAAUGAAUGUUUUCACGAUUUCGUUUUCAUAUUUACCACACGAUUCCCGCACCACAAAAUACAAUUGUAACAAAUGAAAUUCACUAAUUGCCUCGUCCCGAUGCGCAAAUAAACAGUUGCUUUGCUUUCAA